AUGACCGGUUCUGAGGAGAUGACGAAACGAUUGGCGCGCGAGAGAAAUCUCUAUUGUACAAGAUUAGAAGAAAUGGGAGUUAUUAAUACGUCCUUCUUCCCCAAUCCGACUCCAAUAACAGGAACAACGACGAAUCGGAGAUGCAAUCGAGUGAAGCCUGUAUCGUCGAGAAGAUUUUCUCAUCCAUCAUUCAAUCCACAUCGCCGUUUCUGUAAUAAUAAUCGUCGAAUGCCACCGAUUAGAGAAGAUUCGAUGGAAGAUGAUCAAUCCAGUCUAUCCCCGUGUACUUCAGCAAAGACGAGAAGAAUGCGUUUUCGAUCAGUUUCCCUGAACAUUACGACAACAAGUCCAGGCCCAUCGACCUCGACGGAGAGCUAUGUGAGUGAUCGUCCCCCCUCAUUUUCCGAUCUCUAUCGAAGCCAGCCCAACACUCCAGUAAGGACGAAAAGAUCAGACACGACAAGUUCCGAGUUCGGCAGUGUCGCCGAGGGGAUACCACAUUUGAAAAUCCCGCAGCGAGUCCAAAACCGUGAUGCAGCCGGUCCAGGCCGAGGCUCUCGUGCUUUGUCGAUACUCUCAGUUGAAUCAUUGGAAGAUCCGAAAAAACUAAUGUCUAUUUGGGAUAUGGAAAGAGGACCGAAAAUUGAAUAUGAAGAACCCGAAUCUCGUGGAUCGACGUUGGCUAAAGCUUUGGAAGAGGAUUUUCAGCCAAAUUUGCGGGUUGUCCGAUCUUACUAUACGAAAACCUCAAGCUCAAGUAAUUCAUCAGAUACUACGCAAAAAGUGAUUGUAUUGUUUCCUUUCGUGAUACUCGCUAGUUGUCUUGCUUGUUUGGGAAUUUAUUGUCGAUGUCGACAACUUCAAAGAAAUGGACUUUGUCCUGAUUAUAUGAGAAGUCGAAGGAAUUCAGAAGAACCUCGUGUUGUGUUUAUCGUUAUUGACAAGGAUGAAAAGGAUGAAAUAAUGAAAAGAAAUGAUUGCAGAGAAUUUACUCAAGAUGAAACGUCAAAACGGUUGGCGAAAAGGAUUAAGCAUUUGAGAUCAUAUCGGAGACAAAACAGCGAAUUCAGCGAUGAAUUCAACAUU